UCUACACUUGGCGCUAUGGUUGAGACUCCCAUACCCGUCCUCUCCAAAACCUCCUUCACGAAGCUUCCUCACUGGGAUUUUGAGGAUGUUUAUAACCAGGAUGUUCCACCCAGGCAGACAACAUGUGCCCAGUCUCUGCGAAACACUGAGGUUGAGAGCUUCAAGAAGGCUUUCCUCCCCAACAUACGUUUGUUUCUGCACAAAGACAGUAUCAACAUGAGCGAGUGGAAUCGGCUUUCACAUUUUAACAAUCCUUUUGGUUUUAUGGAGUACAAGUAUGAUGAUGUGAUGGCUUCAGUAAAGUUGAUCCCAAAGCCAAAAGAGCCACUGCUCCUUCCAAAAGCAGGUGGUGAUGGGUGUGUGCGCUGUGCUGUGGUGGGCAAUGCAGGGAUCCUCAAUGGCUCUAAAAUGGGGAAAGAGAUUGAUGCUCAUGAUUACGUUUUUCGGAUGAAUGGUGCAAUCACCAAAGGUUACGAGGAAGACGUAGGAAACAGAACAUCGGUGUACAUUCACACGGCCCACUCCAUCACAUCUGCGCUGUAUUUCUUCAAGAAGUUUGGAUAUACUAAUGUCCCUCAUGAUGAGGGUAUAAAAUACGUGAUGGUUCCUGAGGGGAUGAGGGAUUUCAAUUGGCUCGAGGGACUUCUCAAAGGAGAAAGAAUCACUGCUGACCUAUAUGAAAACAUAAGGCCAUGGACGUACUAUGCUGGGCAGUACAAUGAGACCCGCUUCUAUGUUCUGCACCAGGACUUCCUCAGAUACAUUCGAAACAGGUUCUUAAAGUCUCCUAAUCUAAAUGCUUCAUACUGGGCAAUAGUCAGACCAAGCAAUGGGGCAUUCACUCUCUUCCUGGCUCUGCAUACCUGCGACACUGUGAAUGCAUAUGGAUUCAUGACUGAGGACUACAAGAAAUACUCAACUUACUACUUUGAGAAAAAUAUUAAAACCCCUGUCAUUCUCUACGCCAACCAUGACUAUAUCCUGGAGAAAAACAUGUGGAAAAAACUGCAUGACAGCAAAAUAAUUAAGCUUUAUCAAAGAACAGAGUCAGAAACAGGGACGAAAAAGCCAAAACAACACUGAAACACUGAGAAUGGAAGUAAUGGCAUCAAGAAUGUAGGUCAUUUUGUUUUAAAUUCAGGAGGAAUGCAGUUCAGGAGAAAAUAUUGCACUUUUUACCUCACUAUCUUUUUACUUACUUAUUGUGAUUUAUCAUGCAAAUAUCAGCUUUUAAAAUAUGCAUUGUUACAGAUUAAACUAUGAAACAAGAUAUGAAGUAGUUCAAACUAACCCUAUCUCGACCAUCUACAUAAUUUAAAUGCUGCUUACAUGUUAAUGACACAUACACACACACACACAUGCACACACACACGUGCACCCACGCGCACACGCAUGCACGAUUUAUAUAUAUAAAAUCAAGUCAUAUUUUAAUAGUACCUCAGGUAAAUUUUUAAAUCUGACAAUAUUUCAAUACUGUGACUGAAGUAAGAUUUAAAAUGUGACAUAACGUCACAAUGAUUACAGUUUUUUUUACAAUCACUUUGCUACUAAUUUCACAACCUUGAUGUCAUUUUUCAAAACUCUAGACACAAAACUCAAAACGGUCAUCACUUGUA